AUGUCUGAAAUACCUGUAAUCGUGUCCUUUCCGCUCCCAUUCCGGGUCCUCGUGCUCAGCGGGUUGGGUAUACUUGGCUGGGCGACCAACUUGCAUGGCUUGGAUCUGCUCGGAGUGGACGCUGUCGCCGCGAUGGACCUGCAAGUGGAAACGAGCGCGCUAUCCCACCUGCCACAUCAUCUCGCCCAACCGAAGCGCCCGUCGCAUCCAUCCGUGAUAUAUAACGCGGUCUAUCGCCUUUUUCUGGGGUACUCGCUAUGGGUGUUCAUGUCCUGGGCGUCGUUCCGGUGGCUCACCUACGGUGAUGCUGUGCUGGUCGACGCGUUUGGAUAUAUCCCCGCGGUGUCGGGGCUGGUGCUGCUGAUGGUGUUAAUCAGUCCUGUGGACGCGCUCUGCAAACGAGAAAGAGACAAGUUCCUUCACGCACUACGGAGAUGUGUGUUCACGCAUCUAGACGGGCCGAUCUACUUCGCAGAUGUGAUCUUUGCGGAUAUAUUCACGUCCUUCGCCAAAGUUCUCGGCGACAUGUGGCUUUCUGCGUGUAUGCUUCUGCCGGGGAACACACUUUUGAGCACGCCUGCGGACAGUGUGUGGCUGCGCUGGGUGAUGCCGACCAUCAUGAGUCUCCCCUACUUGAUCCGGCUUAAACAAUGUAUAGCGGAAUACUCUCAUGCUGAGAAUGAAAGCCGACGGCCACUGUUAAACGCCAUCAAAUACGCAAGCUCAUUCCCCGUGAUCUACUUGUCCGCGGCACAGCGAAUCGUGGUGUCAGAAUUAGUUGAAGCCAAGGGCAGCGGUGUUACAAACGAGGCUUGGCAUGGGGAACAUCCGCUUUUCAGGCUUUGGCUCUUGGCUGCUAUUGUGAACUCGUUGUACUCGUUCUGGUGGGAUGUGACGAACGACUGGGGCCUGACGUUGCUCAAGCCGACUCCCGAAGAGACCGAUAAGAAACCUGCGCCACCGCGGCAACUGCUUUUGUCCCAGUCCGGAUCCCACUCUCCACACGGUUCCCAAGAUGAAACUGCCACGAACCACCAAAGAGAGUCCCACCCCUAUGGUUUACGCUCUAUGCUGUUGUAUCCGCUUCCAGUAUACCCACUUCUGAUAUUCCUGAAUCUGGUUCUCCGGCUGACAUGGUCUGUGAAAUUGUCGAGCCAUCUGCAUUCCAAAUCAGAGGGCAGUGUGACUAUCUUCUGGCUAGAGAUGGCUGAAGUGAUCCGGCGGUGGAUGUGGGUCUUUUUGCGGGUAGAGUGGGAGGUGGUCAAGAAGGGACAGGAGGGGGCUCGCCGUGGGGCGAUGGUGGACGAAUACAGCGGGGAUGAGGCCGAGUACGAGAUGGUUUACAGAGCAGCUGACGAUUCUUAG